AUGGCGCUGCGUGUCGCGCCAAAGUGCCCCGGCUGCGGCAAGAUGGCCGUCUUGCUCGUCGCUGGCAGCACGUCCGCCAACAACUUUGGCCGCGAGUACUAUGGCUGCCCGAGCUCGUGCCAGGGUCUGCGCUUCAUUGGCUGGGCAGAUCGCUACAGCGCCCUGAGCAUGUCCACCGGCGCCGCUGGAGCCGCAUUGAGGACGACGGCGUUCCAAACGCGAGUCAAAUCGUACUUUGCUCCGCAACCCGGGUCGACGAAUGCCUUUUCAAAGAGCAGACCGGCAAGUAAUAGUAGUACGUCUUCAUCUUCUUCAUCAGCAGCAGCAACUACAUCCAGCUCAGGUGUCCACACUCUGGGACGGUUUGCGACCCGCUCCAGCAUCAUGGAAUUGCCGCCAGAGCUCUUGUGCGCCAUUUUUGCCUACCUUUCCGUGCGCGACAUUCAGGCCGUCGGGCAAACUUGCCGACGCUUCCACGAUGUUAUUGCGUAUCCCGGGUACUUGCCAUGGCGCAAGCGCUUUUGGCGUGACCGAUGUUCCUGGUUGGAAGAGUCCAGCGCGAGCUCGAGGUUGCCCGACCGUCUCAAAACGGCGGCGUCUCCUGCCACCAAGACGCCGUCGCCACCCGACUCUCCACCACCACCACCACCACCACAGAUUCUUGCUGCGCACCCCAGCGCCGCGGCUGAUGAGGAUUUGCCUUCCGUGCCGAAAUCCAAUUUACUUGCUCAAGGCGUCGACGUCAGUUCUGAUUCCGAAGACGAGUCUGUCGUUGGUUCUGGAGCUCGGCGGACUUUGCGUGGAUCUCGUGGCCGCCUCCAUCAUGGUGGCGCAACGACUGGUGGAUUCUCGAGCUCUCGAUCCUUGUCCUUGUCGCGGUCCAAGAAUCCCCAAUUUCCCAAUGCCGCAGACGUCAAGCCGUCCGGUUUGGGCGGCGCUCCCAAUCCUCGACUCAAGCAAGCGCGCAUUCAUGACAUGUUUCAGCGAACGGCCACUAGCAGCAGUCUUGGAGACACGCCAGGCACCUCCUCCUCCAUGGCAACAACCGACUCGUCCAUGUCGUUGGCUGCAGGCUCCGACUUGUCGUCCAUCCUUGACAGCAACAACUCACAGACGGCUGCUGCGUCGGCUGAUCCUCUGACUGCAGCAGCCUGCGAUCGACCCAACCCCGUCCCCGGCUUGAGCUCUGCAGCGUACUUGUUCAAGCGGGAGCGGAUGGAGGGCUCUGCCAGUACCGCGCCCUCGCAUCAGCUUCUAUGCUCUUUGGACUCUUUAAAACCCUUGCUAUCUUUCUACACGACCUUUCGACAACACCCGCGGGAGGCCUAUGAAAGCUUGUGGGCUGCUCUCUUGAGACCGGAAUUUGCAGUGAUUCACGCAUCGCUCGCUUGGCUGGCGCGGCUGAAUCUGAUUGACUCGCCUCGGACAGCCAGAUUGAAGCAAAAGCUGUCCGACAGCAGCCUUCCAGCCGACGCCGCCCCCACAAACCGUGCCAAUCACGAGCCGCCUCCGCAAAACACUUUUCACUUGCUCGCCACGGCGCUCCUGUUCCUGGCCGAGUCGUUUCAGACAACCGACGCGCUGCUGCGAGCUGCCCUGCCCGUUGUCGGGUAUCAGGACUUGUCCGAGUUUAUUUAUUCGCUGCUGGUCAUCCUCGGCCAAGAGCCAUGGUGCGUUCUGUUUGACAUGGGACCGCUCUGGCACGCGCUGCGCAAGUCCAUGUACUACUUGGAUGCGCUGGCCAUUCCAGAUCUCUUUUGCACAGACACUUUGGCUGUCAAUCCCACGACCAGCAGCAGCAGCAGUAGUAGUAGCGCAGCUCCUCACCACAAUCAUCAUCACCAACAACAAGCACCACCUCCACCGCUGUCACAUCCUUCCCAUCAUGUCGCCAAUCGCAGACUUACUUCGGAACAGCACGCCAUUGUUGCGUGCAAUUUGGCCCCGUCGCAGGUGAUGAAGAUUGUCGCAUUUGCCGGCACAGGCAAGACGUCGACGUUGAUCGCCUACACAAUGGCACGGCGCCAUCAGCGAUUUCUGUACUUGACAUUCAACAAUGCCAUGGCGGCCGAGGCUCGCAAGGUCUUCCCGGAAACCACCGUGCUGUGCAAGACUGCGCACAGUGUGGCAUACGAGCGCAUUGUCGAGCGAGGCAAGUACAGCGCUGCCAAGCUGAACGGCCAAAACCUCAAGCAUUCUGCCGUGGCCGAGGUGAUUGCACCCUUCCUCCAGCCCAACUAUCCGCCCAAAAUGGUCUCCCUGACCAUCGACGUGCUGAUGCGCUUUCUGCACUCGGCAGACCGCACCAUUGGCGAGAAACACAUUUCGUACCACGUUCACGAGCACCAUCGCAAGCACUCGGAGACCUUUGCGGACUUUCCGACGUCGCUCUACCCUCGGCUGGCCAGCGAAUUGUGGAGUGCAGUCCGAGACCCGAACGAUCUGCGCGUCACGCUCGUCCCGGACGCCUACCUCAAGCUUCUCCAGCUGUCCACCGAUCAGCAUCUCGCCUUUGACUGCAUUCUUGUCGAUGAGGCGCAAGAUUCCAAUCCUGCCGUGAUUUCCCUUGUGAUGCGUCAGCAGGGUUGUGCCAAGAUUUUUGUUGGAGAUGAUUAUCAACAAAUCUACAAGUGGCGUGGCGCCGUCAACGCCCUGGCACGAAUUGAACCUCAGUACACGUUUGCCCUGACGCGGUCGUUCCGUUUUGGAUUCCCAGUCGCAGACGUGGCCAAUUCUCUGCUGCAGGUGUUCCGCAGGGAGUCCAGGCCAGUGCUUGGCAUGUCCAAGGUGCCGCAGGUGAUUGGCGAGAAUGUCAUUUCACUGCACGAGCCUCACUGUGUGAUUGCGCGAACCAACAAGCAAAUUUUUGCGGAAGCCGCCUUGCUGGCUGGACUGCUACCGCCGCACCUGAAAGUCGGCUUUGUUGGUUCCACUGGCGCCAAGGUGGGCGAUGACAAGUUUUUGACGCGCCUUACGAACGUGGCUCGUCUGCACGAUGGGCUACGAAGCGAGAUUACCGAUCGCAAAAUUGCCGGGUUUCAGAACUUUGAGAGUUUGAAGGAGCACGCCGAAAACACGGACGAUACCACGCUCUCAACCAUCAUUGGCAUUGUGGAGCAGUUCAGUCCGGACGUGCAGGGCAUGGUCGAUACCAUCCGGACCAGAAUCACACCCGACUCUGACAAGGCGCAUGUGGUGCUGACGACCGUCCACGCUGCCAAAGGUUUGGAGUUUGACUGUGUCCGGCUUUCGGACGACUUUACCAACUUGCUCGACGACAACGAGUCCGUGCCCGACCGCUUCCCCAACAACGACGAGGACGACGCAACGAGCGAUUUUGACGACAAUCAAGCGCCACCCGGUGCCCAUCGGAACGGGCCCAACUCUGCAUCUGCAUCCGCAUUGCCGCGCAAACGGUCAAUUCUGCACGGACUGGUCACCCCGCAGCCGAAAAUCUUUGAGGAGAUCAAUCUCAUCUAUGUGGCUGUGACGAGAGCCAAGCGAAAGCUCCAGCUAAGCGCAAACUUGGCGAGUUUCAUGGCGCAUUGCGCAGGUGGCGAGCGCCGGGUUUUGCAUUGCAGCAGCAUGAAGCACUUGAACGAGCCAACACGCUGCUUUUGUGGGUCUACUUCUCGAACGUUCAUGGUCACGCCAACUGCGGUCGCCGAGAUGCAAGGCAGCCUCAACCGCCAGCAACAACAGCUGCAUGACGACGACGAGGAUGUGAUGGAGCUCGAUCAUCCCCUUGGUGCUGAACGUCUUCCUGGUGACAAUCCACUGCUGCUGGGUGGGUUGCCUGGUGCGGCAGCUAGCAUUCCUCUUCCGGCGGGUGGCCGCGUGGACAUGACAACGUCCUCGGCCUGCUUGCAGUGCGCCAGCACCUUCCGCCUCGCCCCGACAUUGGCGCGGUAUCUUCUCGAGCAAUGUAGUCCCUGAGCCGGCCGUUUAGUCUUGUCGAGAUCGGGUCGUCAGUGGCUGUCGAGUUUUGCACUCCC